GGGAUUUGAAUUUUUUUUCUUCUUUUUUCAAUUUCACUCUCUUUUACUGAAACAAAAUUUUUGGCAUAUGGUGUGGUAAUGUCAUACAAUGCUCCUAUCUUUGUUUUACCAAACUCUUCACCAGUAUCGAGUCAAAGUUCUUUCAAUAGAUUAGGCAAUCAUUCUAUAAAUUCCUCUACCAUCGAAGACUCUAAAACAUCUACACUAUGGACCGAAAAAUAUACCCCCUUGACUGAAGAUGAACUUGCAGUUAGGACUCAAAAAUUGACAAAAAUCAAGAAUUUUAUAGACGCUUCGGCUAUCUCCAAACGGAAAGGACCUUACAAGAUAUUAGCAUUGACAGGACCAGCCGGUGUAGGAAAAAGUACUUCCAUUCGAAUAUUAGCGAAAUCCAUAGGCUAUGACAUUAUUGAAUGGAGAAAUUAUGAACAGCAAAAAUAUGAUCCGGAUGGGUAUUUUGAUCCUGAUUAUGAACCGACAAUGAAACGAUUCAGCGAAUUCUUGCGUUUAUCAAUUCAAACAGGCAGUCUCAAUACUGAUCAUCAGCAACAAAGACGAAAAAUCAUAUUAUUAGACGAUCUACCGGAUUUAACCACAUCAUAUAUCAAACACGAAUUUCAACAACUACUGAAGAAUUACGUUGAAAGUGAUUAUGCUUUCCUCAUAGUGAUCGUACAUAGCUAUGCUCAUAUGGUGACAGGACCUGGCAGAUAUCGACAAUCCAGCAUGGAGUCACAACUGAUUGAACUUCAAGAUAUUAUUCCUAAUGAUAUACUUGUUACUGGACGAUGUGGGAUUGUUGAAUUCAAUCCUAUUGUCAAAAAGACAUUAAAAUUGGUACUAUCUCGAAUCUUGAAAUGUGAAACUAGAAUAUCAAGACCCAAUAUUAAUCAACAACAACUAGAUGAAAUCAUUGAAUCUUGUCAUGGUGAUAUUCGCUGUUCUAUAUUGACAAUGCAAUUUUACGCUACGAAACCAUCCCAUCGUCUUCCGCAAAAACGAAAAGCAGGCAUAAACAAUGAAGAACCUUCAAGUAUCUUCGGUCGAGAUGAUCGUUUAGAUUUCUUUCAUGCUGUUGGUAAAGUACUUUAUGCUAAACGAACACCAUCCGGAGCACUGGAAUCCAAACCAAUUGAUAUUCUCAAUAAUUUUGAUACGGACACUGAUAAAUAUCUUGGGUAUUUAUUCACAAAUCAUUAUCAUAUGACCAACAAUAUAGAUGAAAUUACUACAACUAUGAAUCAUCUUUGUGAUGCAGAUAUGAUUAGUGGAAUGGGUGAUUGGCUGGAUACUACACCAUUGGAAUAUCAAUUACUAAUCUCGAUGCAUGGAAUAAUGUCAUUCAAACGAAAUAAUAGUCAUAUAUCAAGAAAAACUGAAUUUGUUGCACCUGGCGAAGGUUAUUAUAGAAACUGGAUCUCAAAGGAAUCUCCGAGGAUAGUGACACCUAUUGUAACCAGAACUCAAGAUAUAAUUUCAACCAAUUCAAAUGAUAUGAUGGAUGAUAUAGAUGAACCUAUUGAAAACAACAGUGAUGAUGAAUUUGAUGCAAUCUAUGGGAAUGUGGACGACAGUAGUAUCUUUGACACAUUAGAUGGUACAGUCAAACAACACAAUAGCGACGAUGAAUUUGAUCAGAUAUAUGGUGAUGGUGAUGAUCUAGUUUUGAUUUAGUAUAUAUAUAUAUGAUUUUGUAUAUGAUCUAUUAUUAUUGUUAUAUUUUUUUUUAAUUUUCAAUAAAAAAAAGGGGAGUAGUCGGUAUUUGAAAAGCAACAAGCCACUUUCUUCUUUU